AUGGGUCUGCUGCAGGAGGAGGCCAGGCAUGACAGACGGAGGUUUGUAAAGACAAAGAACGAGACUGUGUUUAAACUUCUUUUCAGGAAAAACGCUAACGCUGCUAUGCUCAGUAACCAUGAGGUAACGUUGUUCAAACUCCUGAUGGACCUGAAGGAACAGAGGAAGGACAGCGGGAGGAACAAACACAGCAUCAGGCAGCAGAACCUCAACACCAUCAUGUAUGAAACGCUGAAGUAUCUGUCAAAGACGCCCUGCUGCAGGCAGAGUCCAGAGAUCGUUAAAGAAUUCCUCACCACCAUGAUGCCUCACAAAGUCAGUGAUAUCUCACAAACGGCAGAAAAACUGCAGCUACUGAACCACUGGCCACAGACAGCAGUGGAAAUUCAGCUAGGUUUUAUACCCUCCUGA